CCCCCCUCCCCGGAGCCCUGCGCGGGGCCGCGGGUGCGAUGGGCUGCGCCCCGCGGUGGGGGUGUGCGGGCCGGCGGGACCUGCUGCGCCGAGUCGUUCAGUGCAGGGCUGUUUUAUUGUGUUUUUGUUUUCCGCUCAGGUAGAUGUUUUCGAAAAGUUGGAGGCGGCGUGGUUUCUGCUGAGUUUAGGAAGUGAGCUGUGCGUUGGCUGCUUUCGUGCUUAAAAGCUUUCAAAAGCCGCGGUGACGUGCAGUGUCUUAAAAACUUGCUGGAAACCAUCCCGUGAACUUCAUAAAAACUUUCUUUUUUUUUUCUUUUUUUUUUCUCCCCAAAGUAUUCUCCUCCUUCAUUUAUAUACACUCAGGUUAUCUGGAGCACAGAUGCAUAACUUCAUUGGUUUCGGGAUAAAUUCAUGUCUGUAAUCCUGCGGCGGAGCUCACGGUGUCUCGGUUUCCCCAUCCACGUGGGGCUCAGUGACUUCCGUAGGACUCUGUGAUUUUUUGGCUGGACGUUGGAAAUUGCUUUGGAUGGCUCUGGGCUUCUUUCUGUUGACCCAGGGAAUUGCACAGUUUAUCUGAAUAAGGCUGUUGUUCACCUGGUAUUGCUCUCCCUAACCACCGAAGCCAGCGACAGAACUCGCAUUGAUAUCUGUGGGAGACGCAGUUGGCCCUCGCUAAAGCAGAGAAUUGAUCUAGAGUCAAGAUUGAAAAUAUGCCUUCCUGAAAAAGUCUCUACAAAAGUGAUCCUUCCUGUCUCGGCUUUAAGAUAAAAAGAUGGCCUACCACAAAGUGAAUGCUGACCAGAGGGUCCAAGGUCACUCUCCGUACCUUGACAAUGAUGACCUCCAGGCCACGGCGCUGGACCUGGAAUGGGACAUGGAGAAGGAGCUGGAGGAGCCGGGCUUCGAUCACUUCCGCCUGGACGGUGCAGCCCACCAUCCUCUGGGGAACGCGCAGCGCCCCGACCUCGAUCUCGAGCCCAUUCAGCCGUCCACAUCUCCUAAAGGGAGAUUCCAGCGACUCCAGGAAGAUCCAGACUAUGUCUCGCAUUACACGAGACAGGCACCAAAGAGCAACCGCUGCAGUUGUCAGGUGCUUAAAGUACUUUGCACUGUUAUGAUUUUAUUUAUUUUGGGGAUUUUGGUAGGAUAUUAUGCACACAAGAAAUGUCCUCCUUCCUCAACAUCUCCAGAACCAAAUAACCCUCAUGUCUACCAAGAGAUUCUCAAGGAAAUCAAAGCUGAAAAUAUUCACCAGAUUUACAGGGAUUUGUUGCAGUUCCCUAGAGAAGAAGAUACAGAUGUCGCAAUGAGAAUUCUGGCUCGGUGGACUUCUCAUGGCCUUGAAGAUGUUCAGCUAGCGAAUUACUCUGUUUUGCUUGACCUACCGGGCUCCUCUUCAAACACAGUGACUCUGAAAAACAGCGGUGACUGCUUUUAUCCUAGUGGACAGCAGUGCAACAGAGAGGCCAAAAAGCUUCGCAGCCAAGAGCUCCCGUACUCGUAUGCAGCGUACUCGGCCAAAGGGACUCUCGAGGCAGAGCUUGUCGAUGUGCAGUACGGGACCGUAGAAGACUUGGUCCGGAUUCAAGCCAUUACAGAUGUGACCAAAAAAAUAGCACUUUUGAAGCUAGGACAAUCACCUUUGCUUUAUAAGCUUUCUCUGUUAGAAGAUGCAGGGUUUGGCGGUGUCCUUCUUUACAUUGAUCCUUGUGAUUUACCAAAGACUGCAGAACUUGCUGAUAAAGCCUUUAUGGUUUCCUUGAAUAGUGGAGGCGAUCCAUCAACACCCGGCUAUCCCAGUAGUGAUGGAAUCUACCGACGAAAUCGAUCGAACCUCACGACGCUGUUAGUGCAACCAGUUUCUGCAGUGCUUGUCAAAAAACUUAUUUCCUUACCUGAGGACGGCAACAGAAAAGAUAGGUGUAUCCCCCUUGAACUGCCAGCCACAGAGAAAAAAAUAAUCAGUCUGAAUAUUCAGUCAGUCGCAACAUACAAGACAAUUUCUAAUGUUAUUGGAUAUUUAAAAGGAACUGUAUUUCCUGACAGGUAUGUCAUCAUUGGUAGUCAUCACAACGGUCUGAAUAGCUAUGAUGGACAAGCAUGGGCCAGUAGCACUGCUGUCAUUACUGCAUUUAUAGAAGCCUUGAUGUGGAAAGCUAAGAGAGGCUGGAAACCUGACCGGACCAUUGUUUUCUGCUCAUGGGGAGGGACAUCGUUUGGGAACAUUGGUUCAUAUGAAUGGGCAGAGGAUCUCAAGAGAGUUCUUCAGAGAAAUGUUGUGGCUUACAUUAGUCUCCAUAAUCCAGUCAGAGGCAACUCAACUUUACAUCCUAUUGCAUCACCUUGUCUUCAGCAACUGGCAGCAGAGAGCCAGAGCUUCAACUGUGUGGAAAAGACAAACUGUCCGGGAUCUAAUGUGAGUUCUGUGCAGAUACAGGGGGAUUCAGAUUAUUUCAUCAACCAUCUUGGAGUACCAGCCACGCAGUUUUCUUAUGAGGACGUCAAAGCAUCAGAGAAUUCUAGCUUUCUCUUUGAAGCUCUUUUUCCUGUACAUACAACAAAACCUGAAGAGCUGGAUCCGUCUUUCAGACUGCAUGAGACCAUUGCUAAGCUGACAGGACAAGUGACUUUGCGAAUUGCCAGUGAACCAGUUUUGCCAUUUAACGCCCUCGACAUCGCGUUAGAAGUUCAGAACAGUCUUAAAGGCGGUCAAGUAGACACUCAGCAGUUGCUUGCAGUGGCAUCCCGUCUGAGGGACACAGCAGAAUUGUUCCAAUCAGAUGAGAUGCGCCCGGCUAAUGACCCCAAGGAGAGAGCUCCAAUCAGAGUCAGGAUGCUUAAUGAUGUGCUACAAAGCUUGGAGAAAAGCUUUGUUGUUCGACAAGCUCCUCCAGGACUUUACAGAAAUAUUCUUUACAGACUAGAUGAAAGGACAAGCCAGUUCUCAGUACUGCUAGAGGCACUGGAGCACUCCAAGCUACAUCAGUCAAAUGAGACCAUUCAAGCAGCCUUGUCAGAGGUGCUGAACAGCAUCAAUUCAGCUCAGGUUUACUUCAAAGCAGGACUUGAUGUGUUUGAGACUGCCUUGGCUGGAAAGAAAUGAGAGAAUUCUCUGCAUUCUAAGACGUUUGUUUACAACUUGCAAAACACAAGUUCGACUCAGACCAGAGGUUCUCUGAGGAUGAAACCUUUCUCAACUUUUCUUUCGGUCGGCGCUUAAAGGUACUGCAAUGCGUGUUUUUAUAAGUGUAAAACAGUCUUUUGCACUGUUCACGGUAUAUCUCAAAUAUCUUGUUUCUGAAUGUAUAAAACGUAAUGAGAGGGAAUAACACUUAAGGUAUGAUUUUUGGAAGGACAUCUGCUGUAUUUUUAUAUGUAAAAAAUAUUUUUAUGACUAAGAGCUCAGUGUUGCAAAGUACUGAGCACGUCCUGCAAUAUGCUGAAGACCUGCUUCUUAGACACCCAAAUUUAUAGCCAGCUGAGCUUUCAAUGCCUGCUGUUGAUUCAGACUUCUCAAAUAAUUUGAAAUCUUCACAUAAAUUUUUUCUCCAAGUUGAAGGAUGUGGCAUUUCCUUGGGUAGCCAGUGCUGGUGUUAAUCAGCAAAUGCUCAGGACACUCUGGUCAGUUUAAUCCAACUUUCUGAAGCAAUCUUUACUCCUGUGGAAUAGUAAGAAAUACCUCCAUUUUAGGAACACAGAUGACCUUUGAUUAUUUCAUUUCGGUACAAAAUAGAGGGGUCUUUUCCACUAUGGAUUCUUGGAGAAAAAAAAAAUAAUAUGAAGAUUUCAAAUUACUUGAAAAGUUUGAAUCAAUACUUAGAUCUGAGAAAAAAAUAUUUCGAAUGUUUAUGUUAAAUAAAAGAACUGCCUAAUCUUUCAAGGCUACAGGCCUGAUAACUUUACAGGUUACCAAAACAGGCCACUUCAAGGUCUCCUUACAUUUCCAGAGAGGAGUAAAUGAAAACAAGAGCUCAAAGUUCCAGGUAAACGAUUUCACCACUCGGCCACACCACCCGCCAUUCCAGGCUGGAUCAGACCAUCAGUAGAGCCCAGAAUAUAGAAUCUGGUUUGCUAUCCAAAAGCACAAGCCAACCAUAGUUUAUACCCUACUAGAGAACCAGCCAUAACCUCUGAAGGUACAAGCUGGUAAAGCAUAUUGCAUGGCUAAAACGCAAAUCUGUUGUUCAUUGAUGAGUCUCUGUACAAAGGCUAUAAUCACAGGAUUAUGUUGUUGGCCUGAAGCAGUCUGUGAAUGAAGAGAUCAGGGGGUUCAGUGUCCUGAACCUCCCUAAGGGGAUAAUAUGCACACAUGAGAAUUGCAAGUCUGAAUACUACAAACAGUUGAAAUUGUUUUCAACUGAUUUGGGGGGGCUUAGAACUUAAAAAAAUUUAAUUUCAUAUAGAUUCCAAGAAUUGAAGUAUAAUUUAUUGAUAGAAAUUUGAAAUGUAUUGUUACCCAUGUUGGUGUGAAAACAUUCUGGAGAUAUUUCAAGUUGCAAUAAAAAUGGAGAAAAUCUCUGUAUUAGUGUAGAAAAAUUUGCCCUCAGGAAAAUUUCGAAGUGCACAAUUUGGUGAAAGGGUGCAAGGUCAUGAAGUACCACAAGACUUUUUAAAGUACAUGUUCAGAUAAUGAAAAAUAUGAGUUGUUUACAGCUCCAGGUCUCUACUUCUCCAAAGUCCUUCGCAAACAUACCUCUUAUUAGCAGUGACCUGGUACAGAGUACCUACAGCUGUGCUAUUGCUGCAUUUCUUUGCAAGUCAUUAUAGCGUAGGCAAAAGCAUCCCUGAUCUGACUAGGUGGACUAUACAGUUGUACAGCCAGAACUGAAGUGGCAAUAUCUUCAUGAUCAGCCAGUGUGACUGAGGGAACGUAGACGUGAUUAUCUCAUAUCUUUACUCUUCAUCUGAUAGGCAAGAGUAUAUGGUUACUCUUUUCUUAAUGCAGGUAGUGAUUCUGCUUGCUGCAGAGGGAAUUCGACUUCUGAAAAGUAAUAUUUUUUCUGAUUCUGUCAUGCGUGUCUAUCUCCUUGUUUUCCAUAAUUUUUAUUAUUAUAAUAAUUAGGUGGUUGGAAUAGUCGCAUUUGAGCUGUAUGUUCUUUAUUUUGUGGUAGUUUUUAGGGAUAUACUGUGCACACUACAUUCGAAUUAUAGUUUCUAAUAGGGGCCACUCUUCUAAUGGUAAGUUUAGCAACAAUUUUUCCUUAGAUUGCUAACUCCUUUUGGAGUCAACACCUGUGGUCUUAAAUCCUAUAGGGUCAGGUGCCAUUAAGAGAUAAAAAAUAGAGACUAACAUUUUCUGAUGUCUUUAAUCUGCCAGAUGGAUUUAAUAACUGCUUCCUGAGUCUUAAUAUGUACAGUCCCCCAAACCUUCCUGUAAUAUAGCCCAAACUGCACUCACGAAAAAUCAGUGAAAUAUUUAGGGAAGAGUAUCCCUUGUGUAUGAUUUCUCAACCAUGUAAUUCCCCACCAAAACCUUUCUCUUGUUUUCUCACUAAUGUCCUUCUAUAACCACUUUAAAAACAGCAGACUUCAAAGUACUCCACCGCAAAGAGCACUGCUAUGGUAAGUGUCUGUCUAUUCUAGAGACAAUCAUAUAUUCUCAUUGGGGAGAUGAACCAGAUGAGCUAUUUAGGGACUUAAAUGGAUUGGUUUCAAUGGCAUCUGAGACUUUUAGAUCUCUAAGCUUUUAUUUCAAAUGUUCAGAUCUUAUAAGUGAGUGCUCAGUGAUAAUAUUUGCACCAUUAUAGCUUUGGAAAAGGCACUUUUGAUCUAUAUCCUCCCAUUGAUUUUUUAAAUCCUAUCUAUUGACUUUAAAAAAAUUGAUAGCAAGUUAAGCCCCUAAAUAGCUGGCAUAUUUCUAACAUAGAAUUUUGCCCAGACAGCUGUGGAAGAUCUAAGGAAACAGUGGAGGAAAAGUGUUAGUAAAUCAUAAUAACUUACCCAGAUUAAAUUCAUUCCUAUAUUGUGUUGAAGUAAAUGCAACACCCUUAAAGGAAGCAGUAUGUUUGCAAAUUGCCUCAAUGAUACUAAAAAUCUGUUACCUUUUCAUAAGCAUCAACUGCCAGAGACAGCAUAACAAACACAUUGAUUGCUGAGCAGUCUAGUCAUACUCACAGUGACCAGAAAAUCCUUGCAGCUUGCAAUAUUUGUGUGUUGAGACAGUCGAUAAUAAAAGCCUAAGAAGAUUUUAUUAGUGCAUAUUUUAGUGAGUCCAUAAAGAAGCUAAAGUAUAAUCAACUUAGAUGAAUAAUAAGGACAUGGGAGCUGGAUUUUGAGUACCAACCUUAAAAUAGGCAGUGAAUUGCUUUUAUCAUCCAAGAAAAACAAGCCCGUUUUGAUAUACAGUAUCUGUGUGAAUACACAAAUGCAGAAAUACGCAAAUGCUUUAUAUCUUCAAAGCAUUGUACAGCCACUAAUUUAUUUGCAGUGAUGUGAUACAUAUACAUAAACAUAAAUGUAAAACAUAAGCACAUGAGAAAUUUAGCAUGCACUUUUCACUGCUUCACUUACCUUUUAGAAAGUAUUUCAGUCUCGAGGUGUAAAAGAAGGGACUUCAGCUGACCUCAGCAGCUGCAGCAGUAGGUGGGGAAAGGUUAAAUCUCUUGGGCAGCUACUUACUUCCUUAGAUGUAGUUUCUCCAAAUCUCUUUCUUUCUUUCUUAGUUGUGAAAUUAUUGUAAUUGCUAUAAUUGUAUACCUCCAAAGGAUAACUAUAAUUUCUUCCAGUGAAAACUCAGCAAAGGUCUCUGGAAUUCCACAGUUAAUAUAAUGGAAAGUUUGUGUAAGGUGAUUAAUUUCUCAGGCCAUUUAUUACUGGUACUUAUUUUUAAGUUGUAGAGACAAUGUCUUUAUCUUUAGAGGGAUUUUUUUUGUAUGGUCCCUGGUUCCAAAUCAGAAGCGUUCUAUAUAAAUUAAGGGAGUGAUUGAGAACAAAAGAUGCAUUAGAAAAUGCAGGGAGCAAAAAGCAAUACCCAUUACAUUUGGGUAGUUAUAUGCCAUGAAUGUAUGUAUUUUAACCAGACUUCAGGAGCACCAUGCAAUUCUUUGGCCUGUGUUGUGCAGAAAGUCAGAGAAGGUAAUUGCAUGAGUCCUUUCUAAGUAUAAAAGCUAUUACAUGCUGUAAACGUAGUUAUGUCUGGGCCUGUAUUCUCAAGGGAGCCGUUAAGACAUUCCUCAAAAGCUAUUAUCUGUGUUAGCUAGAAAUGGGUACUUUUGAAGUAGAUUAUGGUUGGUAUCUCAGGAGUCAAGCAUGGAGUGGAAGAUGGUCUUUCCCUUUAACUCUCUGUAGGAUUUUACCAGUAUGCUACCAGUCCCAGAGAGCUGAGUGAUGGAAAACACUUCUCAUUUUAAGAUGCCUAGGAUCUGAAUUUUAAGAACAGUUAGUCUUAUAUAGCAGUCUACAUGUUCAGAACAUAGUUAGAUGUCUUCUUUUGGAGCUCUGAGUCUACAAAACUUCUGGAACACAGACUCUAGCAUUGCAGGUAAGGUAAUGUAGAAUGCAUAGUUACUGACUGUCUUUAAAGUUAAAUAUAUGGUAAAAAUGACUUGCCUACUAACGUCGGGGUAGGAUUUCAUUCUCCUGGAUAGUUUUUGGUGGCUUUAACCAUCAGACUGCCUUUUCUCCCUCUGCCACCAUCUUCCCCAAUGCCCUUGCAUUCAGCUUCUCUCACAUUCUCAUGCCACAUGUUGACUUUUCCCAUUUCUCACCACCUUCUUCCCAGUCAUCCCCACUACUCUUCUGUCUCCAUUCUCUUUCCUUAUCACAUCUUAGUCUCCCCAUUAACUUACCAACUAUUGAAUUAAUCCCUCUCUUUUCUCCCUCUGAUCUCAGUCACCCCUUUUGUUCCCCAUCUGAUUCCAAUUUCUUUAGCCAAUCAUUUCAGUUUACCUGUUACCUCAGUUCCCUCGUUUUCUGCAUUCUCUCUUGUAGUUGUGAGAUCUUUGUCCCAAUGUGCUUCAUCUCUCCACAUCUAGAUCUUGAUGGAAAGUUACAGAGAGUGUAGGAGACCAGCUCACCUUCCUUAGGUUUAGAUUCCCAUUCCUGGUACAGCUUGCCAUAAUGAAGAGCUGAAAGUGAUGGAAAAGUUCUGCUCAGAUCCAGAUGGAUAACACAUGAGGAGACAUCAUCUGCUAAAUUCUGAGUAUAUGCAAACUGAGUAUAUUGCAAACUGCAGUUUCUCAAUAGUAACUUGACUGAAGGAAAGUAGAUUUUAUUGGGGAAGGCAAAGUAAUUUUCCUUAGCUUCUUUCUCUUUAAUGAGUGGACCAUUUCUGCAGGAAAUUUUCUCAGAAAAUUUCAGCAUAGAUAGGUAAUGAUCUUGAAAGUUUUGAAAUGAAGCUUUUGAAGUUUGAAGAAUAAUAAUGGAUAGAAAAACUUAAUCAGAGGUGGUAAUACCAGCUCUGUCUACAGAAUAAAAUAGACAGUCUGUAAGCACCUACAUUUUUCUGCAGUUGUGUGAGCGAUCCAGUACCUUUCAUUGCAUGAUGGCUACAUACGAUGAUUCUGUGUGUAAAUAGAUGAGAAUAAGAAAAAGAGUAAAGCAGAAGCAAAACGUGGCUACUGUAUUACAGUGUUUUAAGUGAUUAAUAAUGAUAAGGACUCAAGCCAUAUGCACAAAUAUGUAUUUGUACAUGUACACUUGAACCUAGGAAGUGCCUAAGAAUAGUGAAGACUCAUUUAAGGAGCAGACAGGUAGCAGAAGAUUUAAUACUAUCUCAGUUGGACUGUAUUUUUUCUAAAAUGAUGGUGCUAUUAAGCCUUAAAUUAUUUUUUCCUGAUUUUAAUCCCAUUGCCUGUAGUUAUUCCUACUAUUGCAUGUACACACUGAUCGUAAUUGGAGAAUACUUAAAUGUAUAGAUUUAGAUUUACUGAAAGCUUAUGUUUCCCCGCAGUCAUACUGACUUGGACUGUUUCUUUCAACGGUGUUGACUUUACCAUGGCUAUUCUUAUAGGUAUUAUUAUACAUGAAUAAAGUGAGCAGAAUUUGGCCAUAUUUAUGGAAUUUCUCCAAAGAUUUGUUAUCAGAAUAUUGAUUAUUUAUGUUUAGCUUAUUCUCUUCAAUCUCUCAAUGUAGAUUAGUACAAACAAGAGAGUAUCUUUCAAAAAGUGUACAGGAAUCUCUCAUUCAAUGUUAUGUAAACCCACAGGACAGAAUGUAAAUGUGUAUGUGCAAGUGAUGCAUUGUAAUCUAGUAUUAAUUUAAUAGUUAUUAUAAAUGUUGGCAUGGAUUAAUGCACAUGUUCUCUUAUGAACUGCACAAAUCGGAAUUCAUACAAGGGCUUAAUUUAAGAAAUGUAAUCAGAGCAUAGGUGUGGAACAGUUUUUUUGCUCUGUAAAUGCAGUAUAUACUUAAUCAUCUGCCUAAUCCAUUUGGUUAAAAAGAUUAGGGUUUUGUUUAAGCUACUUUUCUUUGAUUUAUUUUCCACCAAGCCUUUGAAAAUGAAGUCUUGCUCUUUAUUUUUCUUUUAAACGCUUGCUGCCUUUGAUGUUUUUGGAAAGCUUAUCAUGUGCUAAGGCAGCGUAAGGUCCUUUAGUCUGAUCAUUCCUGUAUUGUUUGGCAGCAUUUGAAGUGUUUCAAAAUGUUCUCUUUGGAAGAAGGUCAUUUACUGACCUGUUAAUGUAUAUGAUAUGAUAUACUUGGGUAUUGCCUUUACCGUGCAGUGGUGUAGGUAUGCAAUAUGGUGCUCUGGCACACUAAAGUAUGAGAACAAAUAGGUUUUUGUGGUAGUAUUCCAGAGAUGUACUAUAUUUUCCUCAUUGGAAACUCUGCUAGUCUGAGCACACUGAUAAUAUAGCAAUGUAAUACCAAUUUCUCUUAGCACCCACUACAAGCUCUUAUUACAGGUGGCAUGUUAGGGGCUUGGCUGAGCUGUCCAAUGUAUUUCCAGAGUUUUUAAGUGAUGUCCCUUGUAGCCCCGUUGAGUUUGUACGUAGCACGGUUCUCAUGAUCUCUGCAUGACACCAAAGUGGGUUAGAUAGGACCGAUUUACGUGUUAGUUUUCUACAAAAACUGCUGUCACCCCCUACCUUUAAAAAGCUAAAUAUAAUAUUUUUUAAGUAUUUUCCAGAUUUUUGAUGAUGUUAGUCUGUAUACUGAGGAUUGUGAAAAAGCACACUAAACACUGUUUCUUCUCAUGUAGUCCUGUUUCCUGUUCCCAAGAGCUGAAACAUCUUGCAGUCUGUGAAUCCACUAGAGGAGAAAUAAGGAGAUGCUUAAUAUUUCAUACUUAAAGCAGAUAAGAUGAAGGCAAAAUCACUUUGUUUUCCAUGUGCAGUUUAUGCAAGUUAGUAGGCAAAAUACCUUUAUCAUGUGUAUUAUGAUUUGGUAUUCUGAGACAAACGGAAAAUGAAUGUAAUUCCAUAUCUAGAAGAAGCAUAAUGAGUUCAGGGAACACUUCACAUUCAAGCAUCUUAAACCGUUGUGUACACUGAGAAAAAAAGCAGGAGUGAAGAUACUUGGAACAGAUAUUUUGGGUAGUUUUAGUACAGAUCUAGCAAACAAUAUUCUUCUGCCUAAAGCCAGGUUUUAAAUUGCCUUUGUUACCUAGCUGCAUGGUAAUAUAUUGCAUGUCUUCAUUGCUAUACCUCUGAGGAUUAAUCUAAAUGCUAUUAUCAGUGAUCAUGUUAGUCUCAGCGUGAACUACUUUUUUAUGUCACAUAACACCUCACAGAGUUUACCUAAUCAGAGGGAAUGUGCACGUAUUUCUGCCUUUUGUAUGCAGAAGGACAGCUGUCGAGUUGUGUUAUCUUUGUGAAGCUUUGACACAGAAUGUGAAAGCAUGAAUGAUGACUCCUUCAUUCCACCUACUUCUAAAUUUUCAAGUAGUAAAAUUGAGUUACCACAACUGAUAGCUAGUCAAUUCAGAAAAAGAGUAAGUAACCAGACUUUUUGACCAUGCAGUAAUAUAAACCUGAUGUUUAACCAAUAAAUAUCAUAUUAUGUGGAUAUGUGCAAUGAAAGGUUGAUUUUUAUAAUACAUUAUAGAAUGUUGAGUCUGAAUAAAACAGCCUGUUUGCAGGAUUAAUUUACUUUGUAUGAAUUUUUACUUUCAUAACAUAGUAUAAUAAAAAGGUAGCAUUGACUGUUAAUGUAAGUAGAACUACGUACUUUGAUUAAGAAACACAUUUUAUUUGUUUGUGCUAUACAUAUGAUUUUGCAGUAUGUAUCAGUAUGUUUAUGCAGAAGGCCCUGUGGACUGGAAUGCAGUAAUAGACAUUUUGUGAAAGUGGUUGUAAUUAUGAAUUAGACCUCAUUUUUCCGUACUUACAUUUUUGCUAGAAAUUGAACUGGAAUAUGAAGAUAUGUGUAUAAUAUACAUUGCACUGAAUGAUUUGGAAUUAUGUUCAUUUGCUUUUUUUGUUGGUUUUGCUUUCUUUUUUAAUUGGUUCUGCCAGUGAGCUGUAAUAUAUGCCUCUCAAGCUGCUUAUUCAGUAAUAUGGAUCCCGGAAUGUUAAAACAUAAUAGAAACUGGGAAGAAGGAAAAAAGCAAGCAAGAAAAAUAUAGCUAGAUAGAACCUCAGAACCUAGGAUCUGAUAAUUUACUGACAGGUAAAAUUUGAAUUAUCCACUUUUUUCAGGUGCUGGUGUACAGAAAGCCCAGAGAUUUAGAUAAUUGAUAUUUCAGGUUGGAAGAAGUUUUGCCUGUGUGUUUUUGAAAAUCAAGAAUUUCAAAAGUUGAUAGAGUGUUCAGUAUGAGACUCAAAAAAAAAACCCAAACCCCCCCCCCCUGUUUUUCAAAAGGUUUUGAACAACCUGUAAGCUAUCUGAAGAGAGAGACAAGUCAAUUCUGAGAAUCUUGACCAUAUGUAAUACUCAGAUCAUAUGAAAUUCAUAUGAUCAGGAUUUUCCUGUAUUUCAGAGGUCCUGAAGUUGCAAAGUAGUUAUCUCAGGAAAAUGUGAAUGCCAUGUUUUGCUUAUAAUAUAUGAGAACUUGGAAGCUUUCCUGUACUUAAAAAGCACUUGAGAGGUGUAAUAAUGAAAUGGUUUCAUUGUAAAUGAGUCGAUAUUUCCAAAUUUUAUUUCCAUUCUGCAUUGUUUUACUUCUAAGCUGCUUUUCAUUUCACCAGAUUAAAAGUACAAAUAAAAUUGAUACCUUUUUAAUGUUUUCA